GCAUCUAGAAAUCUGGAAAUUAGAAGAAGAAGAAGAUUCCAUGGUGUUUUUUGGAUUGAUUGCUCUGGAUCUAGCUAGCCUGUCAAAACUACAUUUAAACGAAAGCAACGUGGGAUAAAGUGCUGUUCUGGUUUGAUAACUGUAACUAAGACUUGCACAGGCCAAGCGAGAAAUCCACUGUUCCCCUCCCCGACCUUCUGUUCCUGACCCUCUCUGAAACACAUCUUUCACCAUGAAUGAAGUUAACAUAGUCAGAGAGGGCUGGCUUCACAAAAGAGGUGAAUAUAUCAAAACAUGGAGGCCCAGGUAUUUUAUCCUGAAGAGUGAUGGUUCCUUCAUUGGCUACAAGGAAAAGCCUGAUCUAAACGACCAGACUUCCCCACCACUCAACAACUUCUCUGUGGCAGAGUGCCAGUUAAUGAAGACUGAAAGACCCCGGCCCAACACAUUCGUCAUUCGUUGCCUACAGUGGACCACUGUCAUUGAACGCACAUUUCACGUGGACAGCAAUGAGGAGAGAGAGGAGUGGAUGCGAGCAAUCCAGUCAGUGGCAAAUAGUCUGAAGAUGCAGGAACAAGAGGAGGAUGAACCAAUGGAUAUGUUCGGCUCACCCAGCGAAAGCAGCCUGGAAGAGAUGGAGGUGUUGAUGUCCAAGAACCGCUCCAAAGUGACAAUGAGUGACUUUGAGUACCUGAAGCUGCUUGGAAAGGGGACAUUUGGGAAGGUGAUUCUGGUCAAAGAGAAGUCGACUGGAGUACAUUAUGCCAUGAAAAUACUGCGCAAAGAGGUCAUCAUAGCCAAGGAUGAGGUGGCCCAUACAGUUACAGAGAGCAGAGUGUUACAAAACACAAGACACCCCUUCCUCACGACACUGAAGUAUGCCUUCCAAACCCACGAUCGACUUUGUUUUGUAAUGGAAUAUGCCAAUGGAGGCGAGCUCUUCUUCCACCUUUCACGGGAACGAGUGUUCACCGAAGACCGGGCACGCUUCUAUGGUGCUGAGAUUGUGUCGGCGCUCGAGUACCUCCACUCACGUGACGUUGUUUAUCGUGAUCUAAAGGUAAAUAAUCCCAUCAGUUAUCUUCUCCAGAUCUAUAAGGUUUUGAGGCUGACGUUUGGUAAACCAAACCUUCAGCUGCCUCCUCAGAUUCCUAGAGGAUUAAGAUCUGGGGACUGGCUAGGCCACUCCAGGACCUUAAUGUGCCUCUUCUUGAGCAACUUCUUUGGUGCCCUGGCCAUGUGUUUUUGUUCAUUGUCAUGCUGGAAUACCAUUCCAUGA